AUGCCAGAAAUAAAGAAUUAGGAGGAGGAAUUAAAAUUCUAUCUAAUAAUUAUAAAGGUAAUUUCAAUUAUAUAAUACCUGUAUAAUGAUUGGGAGAAUUUGAUUAAAAUUUAUUAUCUCAAAAUAUUAAUAUUAUAGAAAGCUUUUUACAUGUAUUAAUAGUGUAGCAAGCAUAGUAAGAAAAUCAUAAUGGUAAACCUUAACUAAGUAGAUCAAGGCUUAAGUCCAUUUGCUUGUACUGAUUGCAUUUAAGAAUUCCCUAUAUAAUAUAUAACACUAGAAGAAGCAAACAAUAGAUAGAAUUUAUAAAAAAGAAUAAUCAAAGGAUUUAAUUAAUCAAUAUAAUUUAAAAAGAAAAAAGCAAUCAAAUAAUUCUGUAUAGAUCAUUAAAAAUUAAAAGAUCAUUACAAUUAAACUCUUAAAGUAUUUCAUUAGAUUAAUAGCUUUAGAAUAAUAAUGAUGAUAUCUUCACAACUAAAAAGUUCAAUAGUAAAGAUUUAUUUUUAUAGGACGAAAAAAAACUAUAAUAGAUAAUCAAAUUAUUAAGUUCUAAUAAUUAGACUAACUAUAUUAUAGACAUAUUAAGAGCAAUAAGAAAAAUAAGAUUAAUAUAUCUUUUGUUUUAUUCAAAUUUAAAGACUAAGUUGGGAAACAUAAUGAAGGAAGAUUUGUUAUGUAAAUAUUAAAUAAAUAAAAAUUUAAAUAGAUAACAGUAAAUCGGUAUAUUGUAUUAAUAUUAUUAGUUAAUUAAAUAAAAGAAGAUAAUAAAAACGCUUUGGAUUCUGAAGUACAUGAAUUCAUACUAAAAGUUAAACGUAGGAUCUAUAUCUUACUAUUUUUAACGAGUCUGUAGAAUCAUCCAAAGAAUUUUAAAAAAUAUAUGAGACAUUACAAAAAAAUAGCCAAUUACAAUAAAUUAUGGAAGUAUAACAAGAAAAGUGCAAAGUUAAAAAGUUAUUUAAACUAUUGA